AUGAGAAGUGGGGAUGAGGCUGCUGAGCCAAAAGAGAUCGCGAGCGGACGUUCGAGGUGUCGAAUUGCCAAACCUCGCCGGAAUCUCUCUUCCGAAACAGAUUCACCUUACUUGUUCCUUUUGCCAGCACAUCCUCAGAUCUCUAUUCCACAAAACCGUUUUUGUAAAAUGCCUUUUGAAAGUGAUGUGCUGUCCGCCGUUGAAAGCGCUCAAAAAUCAGAGUUCGAGGGGGUCAAAUCCAUAUUUAGAAAAUACGACAGACUUCCAGACCUUUUGGACGUGGUGGACAAGUUGGAAUUGGAUGGCCACAAUUGGGAAGACUGGUUGAACACCACCGACUAUGCGAUUGAAAUGGUCACGGGCGUGAAGGGUUAUUUAAUCGAAGAAAGACCCGAAAUCUCCACAGCAUUGGGGCUGGUGAUAGAGAGAUGUGCUUUUGGCAUUGUGCGGCUUACUAUCCACGAGGAUCACGAACAGGCCGUCGCAAACUGUGUCACUGCGCACUCACUCAAGCGACCGGCCAGCCUGCGCGUGAGGGCGCUAUGCAUACGAGCAUGUCGCCUUGGCCUUGGAGAAGGUCAAACGUUCUGGUGA